AUGGGAGUGGCGUCACAGACACGUGUGUGUGCAGGGGACGUUGGUUACUACGACGCCACUGGCCGGCUCUACGUGACUGAGCGGCUGAAGAGCGUCAUCAAGUGUCUGGACACCAAGGUGGAACCCUUCGAGGUGGAGCAGUGUGUCCUCGAAUUGUGCUGUGUUGCCGAAGUUGCCAUCCUGGGAGUGCCUCACCCGGUCCUCGGAGAGGCACCGGCGGCCAUUGUUGUGCUGAGGCAAGGAUGGAAAGUGGGCAUGAACGAUCACAUCGCACAGCGCAUCAAUGACCACGUGGCAGAGAAGCUAGCUGUUUACAAGGGACUACAUGGAGGGAUUGCCAUCGCUGAAGGGCUGCCCAAAAACAGGAGAGGCAAAGUGCUGAAGCGCUAUCUGAUGGCAGAGUUUCUAAAACUUAAGAAAGAAGGAAUGUUUUAUCAAUAUUUGUGAAGAAAACACAAAGAUGAUUGUCCUCAUCAACUGU